CCGCCCGGGCUUCCCGGAGGCGACCGAGGAGAGAAGGGGGAGGAGCGCUUCGCAGGCCCCUUCGUGCCCCCUGCCCAGAACGUGGGUGUGUGUGUGUGGGGGGGGGGAUCCUUCCUGCAGCAUCUCCUUCCACCCGGGCCCCUGGACGACUCGGCGUCAGAGAGUUGUAGCUUCUAGAAGCCGGCAGCUUCUCUUCCCGUCCUGCAAGGAGACCUGCUUUUUUCCUCGGAGCGCGCGGCCGGGGGUGCCAGUGAAGCAGGGCUUCACCUCUGGCGGCUUCCUGACUCCAGCUACCACAUGGCACUGCACUCCUGCCCCAAACGCCCCCGGCUGAUGUGGGGGGUCUUGGCCACCCUGGCGACUGUCUCCGUGGUGAGCUUCUUUGGCAGCGGCAGCCACGAAGAAUUUCUCUCGCACUCGCUGCCUUACCUCCUGGCUGGCGGGAGGCGCCCCAUCAGCGCCCCACUCCUGCCCUCCUCCGACGCCUUCUUCCUGCUGCCGCCCCUGGACGCCUGCAGCCCGAGGGCCCCAGCCCUGCUGGUGCUGGUACCCAGCGCCCCUGGCCACGCUCUCCAGCGGCAGGCGGUGCGGGACACCUGGGGAGGGGUGCGGUGGGCCGGCAAGUACACCGUCCGGACGUUCUUCGCCCUGGGGCUGCCUCCGGAGCCCUCCCAGCAGGCCGCCCUAGAGCGAGAAGCGGCCGCUCACAGAGACCUCAUACAGGGGCGCUUCAUGGACACCUACGCCAACCUGACCCUCAAGACGCUGGCCCUCUUGGGCUGGGCGGCCACCCGCUGUGAUGGGGCCCUCUUCGUGUUGAAGGCCGACGAUGACAUGUUCGUGAACCUGCCCGCCCUGGCGCAACACCUGCAGGGGCUCGCCAGACCCCUGCCCGUCUACCUGGGGCGGAUCCAUUGGCGGGUGCACCCCAUCCGCGACCCCCGCAGCCGCCACUACGUGCCCACCUCGCUCUACCUGGACGCCACCUUCCCGCCCUACUGCAGUGGCACAGCCUACGUCCUCUCGGGGGACGCGGUGGCCCCCAUCCUUGGAGCAGCCCGCCUGGUGCCCCCGGUGCCCCUGGAGGAUGUCUUCGUGGGCCUCUGCGCCCACCGGGCCGGCAUCGCACCGCAACACCUGGGCCGCAUGUCGGGCAGCUCCAGCUUCCCCCCGGACCCCUGCUGCUACCGGGAGGUGCUGUUCAGCGUCCACGGCGUGACACCCUCCGACAUGGUGGACAUGUGGGACCGGGCGGCGCCCCAUGAGAAGAUGUGUGGCCACCUGCAGCGGGCCCUGGGGCUGCUCCGGUGCAAGGCGCUGGCUAGGCUGGCGGGGUUGUGAGGGGGAGCCCCCUCCUGGCCAUCCGGGGACGGAGAACCCUAGAGUUGGAAGGGGCCUCGAAGGCCAUCAAGUCCAACCCUCUGCUGCUCCAGGCAGGAAAUCGGCCUGCCUCGGGCGGCAGCUGCAGAGAACAACCGGCUCAGCUGACAGAAGGAACGCGCCCGAUACUGGGGUGGGCCCCCUUUGGCUUCUCCGCCCCCCACAGCACCUCUGCCGCCCGUCCCCAGCCUGGGUGCCAACGGGCGCCCUGACAUGGAGCCCCUGGACUAUGCUUGGACGCCGUUUUUGCUCUGACUCCAGCGUUGCCCUGUUUGGGAGAGCGGCUCGGCUCGGCUCACAGGCGGUGCCUCCAAGACCCUGCCC